AUGUCAUUUGAUCCACAAGGUGAAGUAGCAUCAAGACUUCGAAUCGGUCUUUCACAAGAAAUACAGAAUGUGUAUGGGAAGGGGCAAGACGAUGCCAACGAUAUCUCAGACUACCUCAUCUAUUGUAUAAGUCAAGGAAAAAACAACGAUGAGAUUGUGAAUGAAGUCAAUGAAAUAGCAGAUACUGCGAUCAAUAUUGAAUUUUUGGGCAAGGUGUAUAAUGAGAUUAAUAAUAUCAGUGAAAGUUUGAAAACAGACCAACAAGAGCAAUCACAGGAGCAGCAGGCAGUUCAUCAAGAACAGAUACAACAACCAGCCCAACAGCCAGCUCAACAGCCAGCUCAACAACCAGCUCAACAACCAGCUCAACAACCAGCUCAACAACCAGCUCAGCAGCCAGUACAUUCAAUUCAACCAGUCCAUGAUCAACAACCACAAGAAACACAACAAUCACUAUUUUCAAGCAAAGAUUAUAUUCUGAAUACAUCGAAACUAAGCGAUGUCACAGAUACUGAGGUUACAACAACAUUCACCAAGCCACCAUCAGGACCGAAGCGAUUAACUGAGCAAGAAAAGCUUGCACAAAGGAGAAAGAGAUUUGGUGUUGAGUCUUCAUCUAUAAACAAGGGUAAACCAACUGGACAAGCAUCUUCGUCCUUAUCUACGCGAUCUUUGGGCUCUGCUUCUAUCCCACGUGGUCCAGCCGGAGGAGUUGGUAAAGGUAAACACAAUGAUCGAACAAAUGGUGUCAAGAGAGCUCCACAAGCAUUGGAGCGUUUACAAAACUUUGUACAAAAUGGAUCAAAUGGAAAUGGCAUUGACAGUAAUAACAAUACUAACGGUAUCAGCACUUCAAGGUUUGUGCUGCAGCCUCCGAAAGGUAGAUGUCCCGAUCAUCCAUACUGCAAGAAUAAAGAGUGUACAAAAGCGCAUCCUACCAGAAACUGUUUUGCAUACCCAAACUGUUCGAACCCUCCUGGAACAUGUAACUACUUGCACCCAGAGGAAGAUAAAGAGUUGAUUGAGAAAUUGGCAAUUUCAAAGAAGGAAUACGAACAACGACAACUUAAUUACCUAUUGGUGAAACAGGGGUCGUGCAAGUUUGGAUCAAGUUGCGCCAAAGAGAAUUGUCCAUAUGCUCAUCCGACCCCUGCUAAUCCCAAUGCCAAGAUCAAGACAUUGGAUUGGUGUUCGGCAGGUAAGGAUUGUGUUGAUGAAAGCUGUGAGAAGUCGCAUCCACGUGUACCGAACGCGUCAACCAAGGUGUUGCUUCCACCUGAAGUAAUUGCGUUGGAACAGUGCAAAUUUGGCAUGAGCUGUACCAAUGCAAGGUGUCCAAGAAGACAUGCUACCUCAUCGGUCCCAUGUAGGCUGGGUGCAAACUGUACCAAUGUCAGCUGUACGUUUGCCCAUCCUAUAAAUGAGCCAUGUCGAUUUGGUGCGCAAUGCAAUGCGCCAUUUUGUCUAUUCCAACAUCCACCAGAAAGACAAACUCCGUCGUCAAAUACAUGGUCCAAUACUGCGACCAAUGGGAACUCUGUAACAAACCGUCAAUUUGCCGUAGCUGAUGAUCAAGUAAUGGAGCAAGUUGUUCAACAAUAA